UCUCCUCCCGCACGGGCUUUUCGGGGGCGCGGGCCGGACAGAGGGGGGAUCGAGGCCCCGCUGCCCCGCGGCAGGGCGCUCCCGGGGCCGUCACCGUCACCUGCCGCGGCUCCGCCCGGGCGCGCCUGCGCUGCCCCGCCCCGCGCUCCGGCGGCGCGGCCGGGCCGGGCGCGAUGGGAGGGAGCGGCGGCGGCGGCACCGGACCGGGCUGCGCCGCGUGCUCCCGCGGGCGCCGAGGUUGCGGAGAUGGUACAGUCCCCUCUUGUGCUGCCGCCGCUGGCAGAUAGGGAUUGAGAGGGCGUGAUCCCAGCGGCUGCCGCGCUGACUGCUCAAUGUUUCAAACCCAUCCAAGGAAGUAGCACUCUCCCCUUCGGGGAGGCUGUAAAAUGCAUGUUAUGAAUUGUCUCUCCUUGGUCAAUGAUAAAGAGAAUGGGGCAAUUCCAGUUGCGACGGGAUUGAUGAGCGAGGAUACGACGACAGCGCCUCAACUUUCUCAGCCUGCAGCAUCGCCGCCCCCCGCGCCAUGUCCCCUCACAGGGGCUCCCCCAGCCCCUCCGCUCCCCCCGGGAAUGCCACCCCCACCGCCACCCCCUCCUCCGCUGCCUGGGCCCAACAUACCCCUGCCUCCACAGCUGGUAAAUGGGCACGACAGCCACGGCAAAAAAAAACGAAUGCGGAGCUUUUUCUGGAAAACUAUCCCUGAAGAACAAGUCCGUGGUAAAAACAAUAUCUGGACAAUUGCUGCAAGACCACAGUAUCAAAUUGAUACGAAGACAAUUGAGGAACUUUUUGGGCAGCAGGAGGAAGCCAAACCCCAGGACUCCCGAAACCGAUCUUUAAAGUCUUCGUUUAAAGAGACUAAAGAGGAGGUUUCCAUUUUGGAUGCAAAACGAAGUAUGAACAUUGGGAUAUUUCUCAAGCAAUUCAAAAAGUCUGCCGAAUCCAUCAUUGAAGAUAUUUAUCAUGGAAGAAGUCAGCCUUAUGGUCCUGAACUGCUACAUGAAUUUCUUAAAUUAUUACCAGAAGCAGAGGAGGUAAAGAAAUUAAAAGCCUUUGAUGGAGAUGUAUCAAAACUGUCUCAAGCUGAUUCCUUCAUGUACUUGCUAAUCCAGGUGCCAAACUAUGCUCUUAGGAUUGAAGCCAUGGUGUUGGAGAGGGAGUUCUCACCCUCCUGUGCCUCUCUACAGGAUGACAUGAAAAUUAUAAGACGGGCAACAAAAGAGUUAAUGACUUGUGAGGAGCUGCAUUCCAUAUUGCACUUGGUCCUUCAGGCUGGAAAUAUUAUGAAUGCGGGAGGUUAUGCUGGCAAUGCUGUUGGAUUUAAACUGUCGUCGCUGCUGAAGCUGGCAGACACAAAGGCAAACAAACCUGGGAUGAGUCUGCUGCAUUUUGUUGCUCAGGAAGCCCAAAAGAAAGAUGCUGCUCUUCUCAACUUUUCAGAAAAAAUUAGGAGUGUUCAUGAUGCCGCCAGGUUAUCCAUUGAUAGUGUAGAAGCAGAGCUGCACUCGCUGUCUGUCAAGACAAGAUCUGUUAAAGACAGCGUCCGACGAGACCCAAAACUCUUUCACCAGAUGGAAAACUUUCUCCAGUUUGCUGUAAGGCAUCUAAAGGAGCUUGAACAUCAGAAACGAGAACUGCAAAAGGAGGGAAAUGCUCUCAUUGACUUUUUCUGUGAAGACAAAGAAACUAUGAAGUUGGAUGAAUGUUUCCAGAUAUUUAGGGACUUCUGCAUAAGAUUCAACACAUCUGUUAAGGAGAAUAGGGAACGAGAGAUCCAGGAACUUCAUAGUCUGCAAAGGCGAAAGGAGCUGGAGGAGAAGCGUCGAUCCUGGGCAGCUGGAGAGCUGGGGAGCUUUGGGCGGAGCAGCAGUGAAAAUGAUGUAGAGAUGUUGGCUAAAAACGGACUUGGAGAAUUUCUUCCCUUCUUGCAGCAGAGGCCUCAAAGCCCUUUGUACAGAAACACAAAUUCCAGACGCUCUCGACUUUCUUUGGGGGUGACUGCAGACAGGGAGUUGCAGAGUUUCCUGGAAAUCUCCAAAGAUGAGGAUCCAAACAAGUUUAACAGCCUUCCCCGUGCAAACACCCGACAAGCAAAACCUAACGUAGCCUGGCCGGAAUCCAAAGAAACGAGGGAUCUCAACUUAAACACCUUGCACUUACACCAACAGUCUGAAAUGGAAGUGAAAAGUGGUGGCCCCGUGCAGGUGCCUCCAGCUCAGCCCAGUCACCUCAGCAGCUCAGCCAGUCCUGGUGCCCAUUACUCACAGAGGAGCACCGACUACAACUUGCACACUUCCAACGUGUCCUGCGAGGAGUCCACAGAUAUAAAUGCUCUGGCCCUUGCAAUUGAGGAGCGUGAACUUGUUAAAGGGUUACGUAAGUUUGAUAUUCAAGGAGCAAAGCCUGCAGAAGAUGCACCUUUAAUAUAUUUAGAGGAUGCUGGCGGGACAGACCUGGAGACUCUGGAUGAUCUAAGCUUCCAUUCCCUGAGCACUGCCGAUGAUGAGCUGCCUCCAGCUGUCAGGACUUCCAGAGAGGUCCGUGACCAUCAAGCCAAGGCAGUGGGUUGCAAGACUGAAGCUUUAGAGCCCAGCAGCAGCAGCCCUAUGGAUACAAGUGUUUCAGGAAGUAGGGAAGAUGGGCCAGUGUGCUACAUGUCAGAUACCACAACUGAUUGUUCUCUGACAUUGGACUCUGAAGAGGGAAAUGAUUUUAAACUGGCAGGCAAUGAAAUAAGAAAUGAGGCUGGCAAAGCAUGCUCUUCUGGCAAUGAUGCUCAACACAAGGCUAGAUCAUUCUUCUCAAACCUGAAUUCCACCUCUGACAAGGACCUGUCUCUUCACACUUCUGCCAAUGAUAAGGACGAUGCUGAUAGCAAGCACACCCUUCCUAAAGAAAAACCCAUAAAAAAUAAAGAUCUAAUAGGACCAAAGACAAACUCUCUAAAAGAUCGAUCUCCAAGCUCCACAAAAUCCAGUGGCACUCGCCCUAGCCACACUGCUCCUUCCAGACCUGUCAGAACUUUGAAUGCCUCUGAGAAUGAAAGUAUGAGGAAAGUGGUGCCUAUUUCUCGGUCAAACAGGGCACCCAGCAGUGUGAAAAAGCCAGAAGCCAAGCCAGCCCUUCGUGAAAGCAGUACAGUGGAAAGCCGGCUGUCGCAUCGCAGCUCUGUCCGAGGCACAACAGACACGCUGCCAAGAAGUCCCUACAGGCACAGCAUGUCGGUAGAAGAGCCAAAGUUACGAAGGGGCACUGUCACCUCAAGCAGUGCUCAUUUCGAGAGGGACAGAGUCGCUCUCAAGAAGCCAAUGUCCAAACCCAUUACCAGGAGUAAUGUCAAAUCAAAGACAGAUGAAACGAAGAUGUGUCGCUCCAGUGUAAAACCCCAGACCCCUGCAGAUGAAACCAAGGUUGCCACAGUCAGUAUUCCCAAAGCACCACCUGCUGUCCCAAACUUUGCAAGGAAUACAGUGGCCUCUUCUUCAAAGCGUGCAAAAGUGGAUCUAUCCAGCUCAUCCAGACCUCCACCCAUCACAAGGUCUGUGUCCCAGAGGCUGCCUAAAGUGAAGCCAGCAGCGACCUCUGAUGAUCCAAAUCCAAAGGAGAACAGUGUGAGUACUUUAAAGAGAGCAAGUAGUGCCAGAGUGGUUGGAAGAAGCAUCCUGCAGGGAGAAGCUGUCAGCACGAAAGCAGAGCCUGCACCAAAGGAACAGGGAACAGUGGAAAAGGCAUCUCUUAAACUGAAGGAUGCAAACCGAACCACAAUUGGUAAAAUCCUGAAGCCGUUAUUGAAAUAAGGGAGAGGGGUUUUUCAACCUUGGAAUGUGAACACUUGUCCAAGCACUGGAUGUCUGUGUAGUGAAAUUCCUUAAAUCACUAACCUUGCCAAUACAUGGCAUCAUGUGCUUAUUGAAGUACGGCACACUGUUGGAAAAGGGCAAGUAGCUGUGUUCUGGUCUAAAUCCUUUUUUAUGAAUUUGAAUGUAUUUAAAGCUACUGUGAUGGAAAGCGAGCAGAACAGCAAAUCUUAGCAUUUUUUGAUAAAAAAAGUUACCAAAAGCCAAAAAGUUUUAAGAAGUUUUAACUACAAGAUGAAACACUUUGUGACAGAAAACAUGGAUUAAGGCCAGUUUUGUUGUGUGCAUGAAAUUCUUCCUAGGACUCAAGCCUUUGUGCUUGUUGGUUUCUUAUUUGAUGUCAAAAUGAAUCUUGUGGAACAGUACUGAAAUGAACUUAGGUGAUCGUGCUUUCCAUUGCUUUCAAUUCCUUGGAUUCGGGAGCUCUUUUUGCCUGUUGCAAAGUCCAUUGCUGGCAAUUGGACAGACUGGGAACUGCUGGCCAAAAAAUUGUAAAACAAGACGUUUGCUGUUUAUGGCUGUCUUUAACCUCCCUGAAGAAUUUAUAGCAUGUUUUAUGAAUGUGUAUGUGUGUCUGGGGAAGGCUUUCUGCUGGGCAGGAGGCUUGUUCUCCAAGAAUGUGGCAGCAUUGUCUUGCAUGCACAAGUGGAUACGGCUGGUGCUGCAUUGGGUAGCACAGCUGGAGGCUGUGCCUGUUGGAAGGGCCAUUGGCAUGACAACUACUCCUGACGUGUUUUGAUCACAAGCUAACUUGCCAGCUUUUGGUCAUACAGAAGUGCCAUAUAUUUAUGAUACAUAUCAGGAUGUUUGCAGUUCAGCUCUUGAAGGCUGCAAUGUAGUGCCGAGCACUUUCUUACCAUUCCAUGUUUCCACUGGUUUGUAUACUACCAAACUACUUGAAUGUUGCAAUGGCUCUGAUUGAGCCAUUAGUUUCCCUCCUCCUCCUCCUCCACUCCUCCUCCUUGUCAACAAGAAUAUUUAGCAUGAAACACAGAGCUUACGCAUGACAAUGUUUUUGUAGAAUUCUUUGGUUGCUUAAAAUGUGGUUUUCAAUGUUUAAAGACUCUAAAGGAAUUAAACUAGCAUUUGAUAAGCUUUUUGCAAAGUAAAAAAACCCCUUUUUACCUGCAGAUACAAAUUUUAACUUCUGUCUGACUGAGAUACAGAGAAUGAGGGGAAACUCAUUCAGCAUGCUAUGCAUCUUCCCAAGAGAAAUGUAUUUAGAUGGGGAAAGUGCUGUUCUCCUAAGCAUUUUAUUUAAAGAAUUGCCUUUUAUUCACUUAUGAAUGAAGCCUCAUUUAAGAAUAAAAUAAAAAACAAAAGGGAAAUCUCUUCAGACAAGUGGCAUUGGCAUACUAGUGCUAGAUCUGUUUGUCUGCUCUAUCCCUGCAUGCUGGGAGAGUGUAAUUCAACGAGAAUGAGCUCACACGCUUCUCACGGGCUGGAAUCAGGGACUGCUAACUGUGAGGUUUGAACCUGGCAAGGGGCCUUUGGCUCCUCCCACAUACCAGCCAAUCUUGAUGCAGACAUCAUACCCAAACACCAUAAAGUAUUGCACAGGGCUUCUUGUUUGAGUCUGUCCCACGGGGAGAAUUUAUAGAGCCCAUUUUUUGCGAGGGCAAAUAUUUUGCUUUUUUGGAUAAGCUUUUUGGAUACUGCCUCCAUUGUGGGUUAGAUACAAAAGCAUCUCCCUUCUUAUUUGUAUCUGUGUGGAUGUAUGCACAUCUGCAAGAGCAGAUGAUUGAUAUUUUUCCUUUUUUUUUU